AUGGUACUCAACACCAGAAGAGUGAGCAACCAUACCAUAGUCAGCACAUUCCUUCUGUGGGGAUUUUCUAGUUUCCCAUAUCUGCAGGUCCUUCUCUUUGUGUUGGUUUUUUUCUCCCAUGUGUCCAUAGUGGUUGCAAAUAUGUCAAUCAUGGUGGCCAUAAAGCUCAGUCACAGCCUUCACACUCCUAUGUACUUCUUCCUCUGUGGCCUAUCCUUUUCAGAGACAUGUAUCACUAUGGUCACAAUCCCACGCAUGUUGGUGGACUUACUCUCAGUCAGCAAGACCAUUUCUCUUCCUGAGUGUGCCAUACAGAUGUUUUUCUUCUGUGCCUUGGCAAGUAAUAACUGCUUCGUCAUGGCUGCCAUGUCCUAUGACCGUUACACUGCCAUUCACAACCCAUUGCAUUAUGCUAUCCGGAUGACCCCUAAGAUCUGUGCUCAGCUCCUGAUAGCUUCUUGUAUGGUUGGGAUUCUAGUUUCUGUGUGCAUUGUCAACAUUGUGUUCAACAUGUCUUUCUGUGAUUCCAACAUCAUCCAGCAUUUCUUCUGUGACAUCUCACCUGUGAUGUCUCUUGCUUGUGACUUUACUCCCUAUCAUCAAAUGGCUAUUUUUAUGCUCUCUGUCUUUGUGCUGGUGGGCAGUUUCAUUUUAAUUGUGAUCUCCUAUGUCUUCAUUGGAUUCAUAAUUAUGAAGAUGUCCUCUAUUAAGGGGAGGUAUAAAGCCUUCUCAACUUGCUCCUCCCACCUCACUGUGGUAUCCAUACACUAUGGAUUUGCUGGGUUUGUGUAUUUGAAGCCAAAAAGCAGCAAUUCAUUCAGAGAAGACAUGCUGAUGGCUGUGACAUAUACAGUACUGACCCCUCUGCUCAAUCCCAUUGUUUAUAGUCUAAGGAACAAAGAAAUGCAAAUAGCCCUAAGAAAGGUACUAGGUAAUGCAAACAGAUUCAUUUCUCAGACAGUAGAUAAAAGAAACUGA